GAACUCUCAAUGGAUUAUGGGAAGGUCGUCCAGUAUGAGAUCGGGAUUAUUUUCUGGGCCGUCCUGGGACUGCUCUUUGUCAUCCUCAUGCCGCUGGUGGGGCUCUGCUUCGGUCUGUGCCGCUGCUUCAACAAGUGCGGCGGAGAAAUGCACCAGCGACAGAGGACGGACGGGCUCUUCCGGAGGAAAUGCUACGCCCUCGCCCUCCUGGUCCUCUGUGUGCUUAUGAGCAUUGGUAUCAUCUAUGGUUUCAUGGCAAACCACUACCUCAGGACUCACAUCAGAAAGGCCCGGACACUGGCCGAAAGCAAUUUCAGAGACCUGAGGACUCUCCAGAAUGUGACUGUACCGCAAAUUAACUACGUGCUAGACCAGUACACCACCACAAAGAAAAAGGCCGUCUCAGAUCUGGACAAUAUUAAGACCUUGCUAGGAGGCGACAUUCAGGAACAUGUAAAACUUAAAACGUUCCCCGUUCUUGAUGACGUCGAGGCCAUGGCAGAAGAGAUCAGAGACACCAAAGUACUCCUGGUGUCCGUGAACAAAAACUUAUGGGAGUUAAAGAAAUCACCCGAAGAGAUCUACAAAGGCCUGCGGGAUGUGAAAAGAGACCUGGAGCAGUCCCUCAAGGACCCCGUGUGCUCCGAACCCACCCAGCGUGCCAGGUGCAACUCCAUCAGAAUGUCUCUGGACCAGCUGGACAACAACACCUACCUGGGCCAGCUCAGAUUGUUGGAUAACGAAAUUAAUCACGUCAAUGGUGUUCUUCAGACAAAUCUAUCCAGCCUGGUCCAAAUGAGCUAUCAAUCCAUUAAUAAUAUACCCGAGAGAGUGCAAAAACAAACCACGGAAAUACCACCAGCUUCCCCUGAAUGCAUGACUGAGGUGUUUUUGUUUCCAGCUGUCAAAAGGACCUUGAAUUACAUUGGUUUAAAUAUCAAAAUGAUAGCACAAAAGGUUCCCAUUCAGGAAAAGCUGUCAGUUUUCUUGGAUCCCAUCGAUAACUUUGAAAGUAACAUCUACCGGGAAUUGCCUAGGGUGGAAAAAUAUGAGUCAUACAGGUGGCUGAGUUGCUUGAUUAUCUGCUGUUUUCUGACUCUCAUCAUGAUUUUUUAUUACCUGGGCUUGUUGUGUGGCGUGUUUGGCUAUAAACAGAAUGCCACCCCAAUCACACGAGGCUGCGUCUCAAACACCGGAGGCACCUUCCUCAUGGUUGGGGUUGGAGUUAGUUUCUUCUUUUGUUGGAUAUCGAUGCUCUUUGUGGUUCUUACUUUUGUCAUUGGUGUAAACAUGGAAAAAUUGGUCUGUGAACCUUACCAAAACAGGAAGUUAUUCCAGAUUAUGGACACACCAUAUUUACUAAAUGAGAAUUGGAAAUGCUAUCUCUCUGGCAAGAUACUUAACAAUAUGGAUAUUAAUCUCACUAUUGAACAAGUUUACAGUGACUGCAAAGACAACAAAGGCAUCUACACUGCCCUGCAGCUGGAGAAUGUCUACAAUGUCAGUAAGCAUCUCACCAUUGAGGAGCACAUUAGAUACAUGAACAAUGAAUUUGAAAAGAUUAACGUGAACCUUGAUGACAUUAUCCUCAAAGAAGAAGGAAAAAGAAACCUUCUGGAUUUCAGUGACUCGGGAGUGGAGCAAAUCGAUUAUGACACUUACUUGGCUGAGACAGGUAAAUCGUUAACCAAAGUGAAUCUCUUAACAUAUGCAAGUGGUUUAAAAGAACACGCCGACAAGUUGCCCCCCGGAGUCUUAAAAGAGUCCCUGACAAGGAACGUAAUCAAGAUCAAAGACAUUCACAAUAUCAAGGCCCUGCCUUUGGAACUACAACUGAAAGAACUACACCAUCAAAUUCAGGAGCUUCAACAAAGAGGCAGUGGAUUGAAGGUGAAAGUGACCAAUAUUCUUGACGCUUUGGAUUCUUCUCAGAAAUUCAUCACAAACGAUCUUCCAUCUAUUAUUAUUGAAGAAAGUAAGGAGUAUGCAGAUAUAAUCGUUUCAUAUUUUCAAUAUUAUCUGAACUGGGCGAAGAUCGCUAUCAUGGAGGAAAUCUCAGCCUGCAAACCUGUGGCCACUGCUUUCGAUUCUGCUUUUGACGUCUUUCUGUGCAACUACGUUACCAAACCCAUGAAUUUGUUUUGGUUUGGCAUAGGAAAAGCUACCAUACUGCUACUUCCGGCUAUAAUUAUUGCUGUGAAGCUAGCCAAGUACUAUCGGAGGAUGGACUCGGAGGAUGUCUACGAAGAUGAUGAAAAUAUACCCAUGAAAAAUAUGUACAGGUCAGCCUCUAACCCUCUAUGAGCAAAGCUGGUGAACAGAUCCAACUGCACGGUUCUCGGUCUGCAGCGUCUCCAAGUAUUGGAAGAGAAACCGCCCUUUAGGAGUUUACAGAUUCGGUGGUAGCGUCCGAAACAUGCCCUCAUGGGCCCAGGGCACAAAGUGUGCCCCUGCUUUCCACCUUUCGAAGUGGGGCUUUCACCAUCUGAGUCUUCCCUAAGAGUUUAAAUGUGUAACACAUUCAUUCAUUUUCAGUUUAGCCUUUGGAACCAGACAUGAAUUUUGUCACAUUUCAUUGCACAGAAAGUUAGACUUGUAGUUGGAAGAAGUUCACAAAUAGCAGAUAUGAGUGUGAACAAUAAAAGAAUGGUUUCCAAAAUAUGACUCCAAUCUUGUUAUUGAAAAAAACCCUUCUUAUUUCAAUAUCUUCUUCUUGAAAAAAUAGUUACCAUUUAAGGCACUGUAUUAUUUUUUUAGGGUGGCUAUAACAAAGUGUAUAAAAUGAGUGGCUUAAAGCAACAGGAAUGCAUUCUCUCUUGGUUAUGGAGAUCUGAAGUCUGAAAUCAACAUGCGAUCAGAGUUGGUUUCCCCUAGAGGGCCCAAGGGAAUCCAUGCCCGUCUCUGAGAGUCUGAUGAUUGCAGGCAGUCCAUGGCGUUCCUUGGCUUGUGGACUUAGCACUCUGAUUUCUGCCUCUCCCUUCACAUUUGUUUCUUAUGAAGGCCCUGUGCCUUUCACCUGCCCCCUCAUAUAAUCCUCAGCACAUCUCUAUGAGGUCAGCAGUUGUAUUCCUAUUGAUAAACUAAGUGCCUGAAGCUGACAGAGGCGAGUGAUCCAACAUCACACAGCCCUUAAGUGUCCAGG